AUGCAUAUUACGGGUGUUGCUCUUCGAGAAAGUGGGAGAAAAAGUGAUCUUACGAAGAAGAGCACAAACGAAAGACUUAAGACGGAUAAAUCUAUAACAGAAGUUAGGGAAAAAGGGGAAUCGCCAAAGGGAGAAGGGGUCGAAAGACCAGACAAUGGAGCAACUCUAGGAAAGGACAACGCGGAGAUUCAGGCUGUUCUAUUGGAACCCUCUGGCGAUACUAUUUCCGAUGGAUACAUAGCACAUUUGGAAGUGAUUCUCGAAACAGCUGCAAACUAUUUAUGGGGGAUGAAAAAGCACAUGGCAGCCGAUGAAGCUGCUUGGAAGGAGUUGGCAAAGCGAAUAACACUUCUUCAUGCAGAGGGAUAUGAUGUUCGAGCUGGAACAAAAGAAGCAAAACUUCGACGUAUGACAUCGAAGGAUGUGCCAGACUUAGUGGGAAAAGUGACCAGAAAACGAAAAAGAAGAAGUGUUUCAGCGGCAGCAGCCGAUGCAGAUUAG